AUCAGCAUUCUAGACUUAUUUUAUUCAUUCGAUGACUGAACUAUUGUCCUUGUACAAAAGAGAAAAGUCCCUCACACUCAACACACUCACUAAGUAGCAGAAGAAUGAGUAGUAGGCAUGAGAGAAGAGACACUAUGCUUCCCUUGUUAUUGUUCUUGUGCAUCAUAUUUAGGCAUGGAGUUGAAGCUUCCACACUAACAGAAGAAGUAGUUGGAUAUGGCUACACCAUCUCAACUGUGGCCAGUGAUCACUUUGGGAAGUCGUUGACUGCCACUCUUAGCCUCAUCAAAUCUUCUUCUCUCCAUGGACCUGACAUCCCACAACUCAAACUCUCUGCCAGUUUUGAGAACAAGGAUAGGCUAAGAGUAAGAAUAACAGACUCUACCCACCAAAGAUGGGAGAUCCCAGAAGAAGUGAUUCCUAGAGGUUCCUAUUACCCUCACUGCUCUCUCAGCACCAAACAAUUCCCUUCUAAACAAGAAGUAAAACUAUCUCUGACAAUAGCAAACUCAGACCUCAUAUUCAGCCUCCACAACACCACCCCAUUUGGCUUCACUAUCUCGCGCAAGUCCUCCAAGGACAUCCUCUUUGAUCUUUAUGGCCUUGGUGAACACACCAAGAGAUCCUUUAAGUUGCAGCCACACCAGACACUCACCAUGUGGAAUUCAGAUACUUUUAGUGCCAUUCUUGACUUGAACCUUUAUGGUUCUCACCCUUUCUACAUGGAUGUAAGGAAAGGGUCUAAAGAUGGAAGAGUGAAGUCGGGGAGCACACAUGGGGUGUUGCUUUUAAAUAGCAAUGGGAUGGAUGUUGCAUAUGGUGGCGACCGUAUAACUUACAAGGUGAUUGGUGGAGUGUUUGAUCUUUACUUUUUUUCUGGAUCAUCGCCGGAGCUGGUGAUGGAGCAGUACACUGAACUCAUUGGAAGACCUGCUCCUAUGCCUUAUUGGUCUUUUGGUUUUCAUCAGUGUAGAUGGGGCUACAAGAAUGUAAGUGAUCUCAAGGGUGUGGUUGCCAACUAUGCAAAAGCAAACAUACCCCUUGAAGUUAUGUGGACAGAUAUCGAUUACAUGGAUGCAUAUCAAGAUUUCACCCUUGAUCCUAUCAACUUUCCACUGGAUAAGAUGAAAACAUUUGUGGAUACCCUUCACAAAAAUGGCCAGAAAUAUGUGCUUAUCUUGGAUCCUGGUAUCCAUGUGAAUCAAACAUAUGCAACUUUUGUCAGAGGAUUGCAGGAUGAUAUAUACAUCAAGAGAAAUGGAGUCAAUUACCUUGGUCAAGUUUGGCCUGGACCAGUUUACUACCCUGAUUUCUUGAAUCCAAGCAGCCAAAAGUUUUGGGGUACGGAAAUCAAAUUAUUUAGAGAGCUUCUCCCAUUUGAUGGUAUUUGGCUUGACAUGAAUGAGUUGUCUAAUUUCAUCACUUCUCCCCCGAAUCCAUCGUCUAGUCUUGACAACCCUCCCUAUAAAAUUAAUAAUUCCGGAGUUAUGCAACAGAUCAAUUACAGAACAGUCCCGGCAACAUCUUUACAUUUUGGCAAUAUCACUGAAUAUGAUUCCCAUAAUUUAUAUGGACUCUUAGAAUCCAAAGCAACCAACAAGGUUUUAAAGGAUAUAAGUGGCAAAAGGCCAUUCAUUCUAAGUAGAUCAACUUUUGUUAGUUCUGGCAAGUACACAGCUCACUGGACAGGAGAUAAUGCUGCCACAUGGAAUAAUUUAGCAUACUCAAUCCCUUCUAUUUUAAAUUUUGGAAUAUUUGGAAUUCCAAUGGUUGGAGCAGAUAUAUGUGGCUUUUCGGGAAAUACAACUGAAGAACUUUGUAGGCGCUGGAUCCAGCUGGGGGCUUUUUAUCCCUUUGCAAGAGAUCAUUCGGACAACACUUCCAAUAGGCAAGAGCUAUAUCUUUGGGAUUCAGUUGCUGAAUCGGCUAGGAAAGUGCUCGGCCUGCGCUAUCGCCUCCUCCCUUAUCUUUACACACUAAUGUAUGAGGCACACACAAAAGGGACACCAAUUGCAAGACCCCUUUUCUUUUCAUUUCCUGAGGAUGUCACAACAUAUGAUAUAAGUUCACAGUUUCUUCUAGGAAAGGGGGUUUUAGUGUCACCUGUACUAAAGCCGGGGGCUAUAACGGUUGAUGCAUACUUCCCAGUAGGAAACUGGUUUGAUCUCUUCAAUUUCUCGAAUUCAGUGAGUGCUGAAUCAGGAAAAUAUGUUACCCUUGAUGCUCCAUCUGAUCACAUAAAUGUGCAUGUUGGUGAAGGUAACAUCUUGGCCAUGCAAGGAGAGGCAUUGACAACAGAAGCCGCCCGGAAGACCCGAUUUCAUCUUGUGGUGGUUGUUAGUAGCAGCAAAACUAGCUAUGGACAAGUUUAUUUGGAUGAUGGGGAGACACUUGACAUAUCAGGACAGAAUGAGCCAUGGACAUUGGUUAGUUUUUAUGGUGCAUUGCAGAAAAAUAGUGUUUUUGUUGCAUCUAAUGUCACUAAUGGAAGAUUUGCCCUGGACCAAAGAUGGAUCAUAGAAAAGGUCACUUUCUUGGGAAUACCUAAGCAUAAGAGAAUAAGUUAUAUGAAUGGAACAGGUUCACUGAAGAUGGUUGUCAAGACUCACAAUGAUGACUCCUCACAGUUUGUUACUAUACAAGUUUCAGAAUUGUCACUGCUUAUUGGAGAGGAAUUUAAGCUUGAAAUUGAAAUAUAAGGAACAAGGGAAAUUAAAGUUGUUUUUUUCUUUUUAUCUACUGAAGGAAUGUGUCUUGCUGUAGGUAUUCCUCACAAAUGUCAUGUUUUGUAACAAAAAUAAAGAAUACUAUCAACAUGGCUGGGAAUCUAAGUACUAAGAAAUCAUAUCUCUAUUAAUACUGUGGUUGUAUAGUGUGAUUGAUUUGCUGUUUUAAAUGAUUUUAUUGUGGAGCUCA